AGCACUUGCUUAGCUGAUUCAGCACUGGAAAAAAAACAAAUCUCUAUUGCUCAAAGCAUCCAGACAUUCUCCCAUGUUUCGUUUACCGUUGCACGUUCCAGUGGAAUUCUCUUGAAAACUUUCAAUAGCAAAACAACAACAAAAGAAGACCGCUUCUUUCAGCGGAGAAUCCAAUAAUAACACUCGCCACUCCUAGCCCUCUUCCUCCGUCGGUCCAUUUUAUCCAUUUUCACAGACAAAUUAAGAAUCAAAUAGGGAUAUGGCAUCGCUUCAUGCAUCAGAGCUUGACUCUGCCGCCACAGAUUCCGUCGCGUCUUCUCCUCGCUCCGAUCACUAUGGCUCCCAUGAUCCGCGAGUUCGUUUUAUGUGCAGUUUUGGUGGUAAGAUUCUUCCUCGUCCCCAUGACAAUCAGCUUCGUUAUGUUGGUGGGGAGACUCGCAUCGUCGUCGUCCACCGCUCCACCAGCUACUCUGCUCUCCUCACUAAACUAUCGAAACUCUCUGGUAUCCCUAACUUGAGCGUCAAGUAUCAACUACCCAAUGAAGAUCUCGACGCUUUGAUAUCUGUUACAACUGAUGAGGAUAUAGACAAUAUGAUGGAAGAAUACGAUCGGAUUUUAUUGAAUCAGAACCCUCGCUCUGCACGGCUCCGGUUGUUUCUCUUCUCCAAUGGGGAGGAUUCAAGAGCUAGCAGCAUCACCUCGCUUCUUGAUGGCUCUACAAAUCGAGAACACUGGUUCUUUGAUGCUCUUAAUUCUGGGCCCGGGCUGGAGCGUGGACGAUCUGAGGCAUCCUCCAUUGUGUCUGAAGUGCCCGAUUAUCUAUUCGGGUUGGAUAAUUCAGACGAUCCACAGCCUCGUGAAAAUAAAGUGAAGAGUCGACUUGUAAUGCAUGACAACGUUUCGGCUUCCGAUCCAGGUUCUCCUGCUCCGGUUGUUUCUUCGCCGUAUUGCUCGACUUCUUCAGCUGUCCCUGCUGUGCCUUCAAUUCCUGAUCUUCCACCUGUGAAGACCAAACCCGAAAACCCUGAUCCAGUCAUACAACUGAAGCAGAACACAGUGGAUAGUUCUUCCAAGGCAAUUGAACCAAUGAUGAUCCAACCAACGGGGCACCCGAGUAAUCCCGUUAUGCAUUACAUCCCGGAUUCUCCUUAUCCGGGUCAUCACGUACAACCAAUACCAGUUUAUUAUAUGCCGGCUACAAUUCCACCGGGUAAUAUCCCAAUUCAGCCCGUUCAAAUUCAGCCGCCAUUCCUUCAGCAAUACCCAGUGUCAACGGGUCAAAUCCCGGUGGGGUAUCACCAGGCAGUUGCGAGUAUGGGUCAAGUAUAUGGUGGGGCUGCUACGAGGCCCAUGACUGCACUGGAUCCAUAUGAGGGUGGAAGAGCAGCAGUGCCUGAUGGGGUGAAUCAACAGGUUUAUUAUGGGGCUGCUACGAGGCCCAUGACUGCACUGGAUCCAUAUGAGGGUGGAAGAGCAGCAGUGCCUGAUGGGGUGAAUCAACAGGUUUAUUAUGGGGUUAGAAAUGCAAGUCCGGGUCUGGUUCCGGGGUAUCCAGGUGUGGUGAUGCAGGCUGGAGAAGAUCUGCAAAAGCCUGCAUCGGACACGAAGUUGGGUCAGGUCUCCCAGCCUACUUCAUGAUAAGUGCAAUAUAUGUGGUAUUUUGUCCGCUUAUGUUUUGCUUUUAAGGUUUGUAGUGGUUGAUUGUCUCCUUGAACGGAGUUGUAAUGAACUUGCUUCUUUCAAUGCUUGUAUUCCGUUGCUUCUGUGUGAUAAAACAAUAGAUUAUUACGUGUUGGGAGUUCCAA